GACGCCAGCCGGAACCGGAGGGAGCCGCGCGUGUUUCUGGGGAGGGGGUUGGCGGAGCGGAAGUACACCCGACGCAGUUAGAUGACCAUGGCGACCCGCGCGCUGAGGCGCUUGCCUUCACCAUGGCGCAGUAUGAAGUUCAUAGCCACUGCUCCUUCUUUUCAACUAUCAUCUGCUGAGAUAGCUAAGAUGCGAAAUGAGCUCUUUAACCAAGAGAAAGAGAGACAGCUGUCGCUGCAUCCUCGAACCGAGAAGAUUGAAGUUAAACAUGUUGGAAAAACCGAUCCCGGGGCUGUAUUUGUGAUGAAUAAAAAUUUUUCAACUCCUUAUAAUUGUGCCAUGCAUUUAAGUGAAUGGUAUUGCAAUAAAUCCAUUUUGGCUCUUGUGGAUGGCCAGCCCUGGGACAUGAGCAAGCCUCUGACCAAGUCAUGUGAAAUUAAAUUUCUUACUUUUAAAGAUGAAGAUCCUGAGGAAGUGAAUAAGGCAUAUUGGCGUUCUUGUGCCAUGAUGAUGGGGUGUGUGAUAGAAAGGGCAUUCAAAGAUGAUUACACAGUUACUUUAGUCAGAGUUCCAAAAAUUCCAGUGAUUGCUGGAGCCUUCUGCUAUGAUGUCAUUUUGGACAAAAGACUUGAUGAAUGGGUUCCAACAUCUGAACACCUGCAUUCUUUCACAAAGGAUGUUCGUACCUUAAUUAAUAGAGAUCUUCCAUUUGAAACUUUGGAUGUUGAUGCAAAAUGUGCAUUAAAAAUUUUUCAACAUAACAAGUAUAAAAUGGAAUUUAUAGAAGAGAAAGCAUCAGAGAAUCCUGAAAGAAUAGUAAAAUUAUACAGAUUUGGUGACUUUGUGGAUGUUAGUGAGGGUCCACUCAUUUCAAGGACAAGUAUUUGCCACCAGUAUGAAGUUUCAGCAGUUCAUAAUCUUCAAGAUGCCCGGCUAAAUCAUCUACGAAGAUUCCAGGGCCUUUCUUUACCAAUUCACUUAAAAGCACAUCAUAUUAUAUGGCACAAGCUAUUGCAAAGGUCUCAGAAAAUAGUAACAGAAGAUGAAAAUAAAGAAACAAUGGAAAAUGCAGCUGUUUGAUCAUAUCUGAAUUUAAAAAAUUUGGAAAAUAAAUUAAAAUUUAAAAAUAUUUUUAUAUUUGUUUGUAUGUAUUUACAAAGAUGCUUAAACUGAAUUGUAUAGUGGAGAGGGCUGAAUUUGGUGUCAGACCCUGCUACUUAAUGUCUAUGUAGCCUUGACUACAUGACAUACCUGAAGCUCAAUUUUCUCACUCUUUGGUGCUCUUAAACUGGGCCCAUGAACUUGUUACUGAAAAAAUAUUUUAAUAACUCUUUCAAUUUAAUUGAAACUCCAAGCAUAAACAUUAUUAUGAGAAAGGAUCGAGAAUCUUCACACACUGACAGAAAUGUUCCUGACACUAAAGAAGGUUAAGACUGCAUUAAAUGACUUUUAGGAUCUUUUUAGAUUCUAACUCUGUGAUUCUGUUGCAGUAAGCUUUAUAUUUCAGCCAUCAAGAAAAUAAAUGAUAUUCUUUCUUAUUGAGAAA